AUGUCAACAUCUACAACCACCCAAACCGAGCAAUCAGUCCGCCUAACCAGCGAAGACCAACUCCCCCCACUCCCCUCAGCAGCAAACGAUGCCUCAUUCCAAGGCCUGGCCCGGGGAACCCGCAAUGGAACCCUCAAGCUACGCGGCAUCCCCACCUUCACAAACCUCCAAGAAAAGCGCCAGUGGAUGAAGGAGCAUAUGGCCGCUGCAUUCCGCUACUUCGGCAAGCUGGGCUAUAAUGAGGGCGUUUCGGGUCACAUUUCUAUGCGAGACCCCAUUCUCGCAGACCAUUUCUGGAUGAACCCCUUCGCAAAGCACUUCUCAACCAUCAAGGCAUCGGACCUCGUACUGCUAGAUGCAGAUGGGUUCGUUGUUGAUGGUGGUGCCCAGCUGCCGGUUAAUGAAGCCGGGUUCCUGAUUCAUUCUGAGAUUCACAAGGCCCGGCCUGAUGUUGUUGCGGCGGCGCAUACGCAUGGUAUUCAUGGGAAGACGUGGAGUUCGUUUGGGAAGCCAAUCGAGAUGCUUACUCAAGAUGCUUGUAACUUCUUUGGUCGACUUGGUGUUUAUGAAGACCAUGGUGGCAUUGUUCUCUCUUCGGAGGAGGGAAAGAAUAUUGCGAAGGCGUUGGGUCCGGAUAAUAUUGCGUGUAUUCUGCAGAAUCAUGGACUUUUGACUGUUGGUCGAACCGUCGAUGAAGCCGCUAUUCUCUACUCUAUGCUAGAGCACGCUUGUCACUCGCAGCUUAUGGCUGAUGCGGCCGCUGCCAAUGGCAUCCCGAAGAAGAUUAUUGAUGAUGCUGCGGCUAAGUUCACUGCUGAGGCUGCUCAGAACCCUCAUAACUUCUAUACCGAGUUCCAGCCUGAGUAUGAUUUGCUUGUUGAGGAGACCAAUGGAAGGUUCCUUGAGUGA